AUGAAGGACGACACCGGUGCGGCAGCCGCGGCAUGCACCAUUCUGUCAAUCGAGCCCGAAGGUGCUACCAGGGACAUUGAACAGGAGCUGUUACUCGUCGAUGCGCCACUUUUUGGCGUGAAUCCGCUGCACAAAGCGAAGGCGAUGGUUACGGAGUCUAGAUAUGUGCAGGGAUUGCCAUAUUUGAAUGUGCAAGAUCGAUCAUUCAACUGGUUAUACUGGCAAUAUCUCUCCCAUGUAACUGACGUUCGUGGUGGUUGUUAUGAAAUUAUUAUACGUCGACAAUGUAGUACAGAAAAUCCUGCUGCAUCGACGGCACCACGUGCACCGCCUCGACCAUCACGCGAUCGUACUUCAUCACUCAACUACUCCAAAGGUCAAAUUGCUCGUUCACAACCAGUUCCGACGUCAUCUUUUUCGUCAAGUGUGGUCGAAUUCGUUCAUGACGUCACAUUACAACAUCAUUCGCAAGCACAUAUGGUUGAGAAAGUGGAAUGGGUUGAACUGCACACCAUUGAACGAGCCGGUCAACCGAGUCGGCGAAUGGAUCUGGUUGUUCUUGGAUUGGCGAGAGGUUUCCAAGUGUGGACGUUCAAUGAGAGCGGAGACUGCGAGGAAGUAAUGUCCGAACGUCAAGGUCCGAUUCGAGCUUUUGUGCCGUUGUCGGGCAAUUUUGAGCUGCACAGUGAUGAAAUUGACAUGUACGUAAGAAAUCUUUGUGUAUAG